UACCUUUCUUUAGGAAUAGGAUCAUGUUUAAUUUGAGAGCUAACCACAGGAUCUCCUAAAGUCAUGGUUUGAGUGUGUUUUGUUUUUUUUAAUUUAUUCUUUAUUCCAGUUUGUGUUUUUGUAUCCUGCUUCUGUUCCUUAUUUUCUAGUUGUGCUUUUGUUUCUUAUUGUUGUUGUCUAGUUUAUGUUCUGUACGUUAUGUUUUUCCUCGAUUAGUUUGUAUCAUUGGUUUUCUGUUUUGCUCCAGUCACAUUUUGUUUUAACUCCCUGCAUCUGUCUACCAGUAAUCAACUUCAUUCGGUCCACCUGCACCAUGCAAUCAGUCUCCCUGUUUCACCUGCACCAUGCUCUUUAUAUUCACUGCCUUUCAGUUCAGUCCUUGUGGAAACAUCACAUUUUUUCUGUUCAUGCCGUGUCUGUUAAGCUGCUGUUGAUCCAUGCUUGUUUCUGCAACUCACCUGUCUCAUAUAGACCCAGAGCUACACUGACAGCAGGUUCAACAACCAUACCAGUAGGGGGCAGUGUGACCCUGAGCUGCUCUGUGGAGACCUCUGCUGGAUGGAAAUACAGAUGGUUCAGAAGGACCUCAGACAUCUCUGAAGUCAGAAUAGAUGAUGAAGAAAACAGAGAUAUCUCUGUGACACAAGGAGGAAUCUACAGGUGUGAUGGAGUGAGAGGAAACCCAGACUUCUACACAGAAAUAAGUAAUGAAGAAACAAUUGAAAUAAAAUUUUCCAACAAGGUUUUUGUGACACAACAACCAAACCUGCCUCAGAUCUUCAGAGGUGAGACGAUCACUCUGACAUGUGAGGUCCAGGGAGGAGAAACCACUGAGUGGACGUAUGAAUGGAAGAGAUCUGGGACAGUUCUACACGGGAUAAACAGUAAAGACUGGACCUUCAGAGUUUCUGAGUCCAGCAGUGGAGACUACAUGUGUCAAUGUAGACGCAGAGAUGACUGGUAUUCUUCAACACAGUGGAGUGAAAGCAUCACACUGUCAGUAUCAGCAGAUAAACCCAGAGCUACACUGACCGCAGGUUCAACAACCAUACCAGUAGGGGGCAGUGUGACCCUGAGCUGCUCUGUGGAGACCUCUGCUGGAUGGAAAUACAGAUGGUUCAGAAGGACCUCAGACAUCUCUGAAGUCAGAAUAGAUAAUGAAGAAAACAGAGAUAUCUCUGUGACACAAGGAGGAAUCUACAGGUGUGAUGGAGUGAGAGGAAACCCAGACUUCUACACAGAAACAAGUAAUGAAGAAACUAUUGAAAUAAAAUUUUCCAACAAGGUUUUUGUGACACAACAACCAAACCUGCCUCAGAUCUUCAGUGGUGAGACGAUCACUCUGACAUGUGAGGUCCAGGGAGGAGAAACCACUGAGUGGACGUAUGAAUGGAAGAGAUCUGAGACAGUUCUACACGGGACAAACAGUAAAGAUUGGACCUUCAGAGUUUCUGAGUCCAGCAGUGGAGACUACAUGUGUCAAUGUAGACUCAGAGAUGACUGGUAUUCUUCAACACAGUGGAGUGAAAGCAUCACACUGUCAGUAUCAGUAACUGAGUCCAGUCCUGUCAACUCUUCAUUUCUUGUGCUGAUCGUUGGUCCAGUUAUUGGAGUCAUUCUCUUUAUUCUCCUGCUCUUGUUGUGCUGCUACAGACAGUUCAAGGGUUCAUUCUGCUUCAGGCAGACACUCUCAGAGAGCAGCAUCCAGAGCUCCACAAAUCAUGGAGUCAACCAGGCUGAGAGUCUUGGAUACAGCUCUCCUCUUCAGGAUUUCACAGCAACAUAUGUUGAGAUCAACCAUCAGACUAAGAGAAAGAAGAAAGGAAAGCCGAGUCCUGCAGUACCAGAUGGAUCCGUUUAUUCUGAAAUCAGAACCUGAGCGGCUCUGGAUAAUAAUGCUGUCAUGUAGGAUGCAGACUGUACUGCUUUAGAAUGAAAUUCAUUUUAUAUGGGUUAAACUCAUAACAACAUUCUCAUUUAUUGUCCUGCAUAUUUUGUGCUUCAGUUGUAGGUCUUCAAAUAACUGUAUCAGCUGAACAAACAAAUAUUAUCUGAAGUUGCAGCAGGUUGAAGAAAUAUCUGACAUGUUCAGUAGUGUGAAGAUAUAUUGCGUUUUAAAAUUUCAUCUAGACAUUAAGUUUGACAAAUUAUAUAUGUUUUUUAUAUAGUUGAUCUUAGGAGUGUUUCCUAUUUUUCAUUUUCUGUCUAUUGCUGUUCUUCACUCGUCCACAGAUGCAUCAGUUUUAUUUUCCUCCUUUUUUCUUUAGCUUCAUAAAUGUACUUUUAUGUAAUAAGAGUUUACUUCACUGGUGUUGGUGUUUAUCUUGUAUAUUAAAUAAAAUUUUGAGCCAAGCAAAACAAUCUGA